AUAACCAACCAUUACCACCAGUCCAUGGAGUACCACCAGUACUUACCACCCGGUAAAGGUUCCGCGUACGCAUCUGACUCGGUCCUGGGCGUGAUUACAUUCUGGCGGACUCCCAUUCAUCCAUCGGCCAGCGCAACCCAGUAAUCAUCCGCAAUCCGCAUUUCCUUCAUCAUGAAUAUCGAAUUAUUAGAGUCGUUCGGUCAGAACUACCCGGAGGAGAAUGACGGCACGUUGGAUUGCAUCACCAUGGCUCUGACCUGCGCCUUCAAUCGCUUCGGCACGCUGCUGGCCGUGGGCUGCAACGAUGGGCGGGUCGUCAUCUGGGACUUUCUGACCCGCGGGAUCGCCAAGAUUCUCUCGGCCCACGUCCACCCCGUGUGCUCGUUGUCCUGGUCACGCUCCGGCGCCUGGCUCGUCUCAGCCUCCACUGACAACUCGGUCUCCGUAUGGAACGUGUUGUCCGGCGAGUGCGACCACAAGUUCCGAUUCCCGUCGCCCGUGCUCAAAGUCCAGUUUCAUCCCCGACGGGAGCAUCACGUCCUGGUCUGUCCCAUGAAGCAUCCGCCCGUGGUGGUCGAUCUGACCGAUGGUUCGCACGCCAUUGUGCCCACCGGCACCAUGGGGACGGCCGGGACGACCGGACCCACCCCCGCCGAGGACGAAAGCGAGGCCCAGGUGGUGGCCGCCUACGAUCAACGCGGCGAGCAUAUUUUCGCCGGCAAUGCCAAGGGGCGCGUGACAGUGGUGGCUUUGCCCUCCGAUAAGGCCGCCAUGCGGGCCGUGACUCAGUUCAAAGUCAGUCAGCAAGUCUCCUCCACUACGGCCAUCAAGAGCAUCGAGUUUGCGCGCAAGAGCGGGAGUUUCUUGGUCAAUACGGCUGAUCGGGUGAUUCGCGUUUACAAGACCUCGGAUGUGCUCAAUCUAACGGAGGGCAAGGACCCUGAGCCGGAUCAAAAGUUGCAAGAUUUGGUCAACAAAACCAUGUGGAAAAAGUGCUGCUUUUCUGGUGAUGGUGAAUAUGUAUGCGCCGGAUCGGCUCGUCAACACGCACUUUACAUUUGGGAAAAAGCCACGGGCACGCUCAUGAAAAUCCUGCACGGCCUGAAAGGCGAAUUGCUAGCCGAUGUGGUGUGGCAUCCCGUCCGUCCGAUUGUGGCCUCAAUUUCACAAGGCGUCGUCACGGUAUGGGCCCAACAACAAGUCGAAAAUUGGUCGGCCUUUGCCCCGGAUUUCAAAGAACUGGACGAAAACGUCGACUAUGAGGAACGCGAAUCAGAAUUCGACCUGGAAGAUGAGGACAAAUCCGUCCAACUCAACGAGGAGGAGAAAGACGAUGAUAUUGAGGUCGACGUAGCCAAUAACGCUCCCAUCCCCGUGUUUUGCUCGUCUGACGAGGAUGAGGAGGACCCGAAAUCACUAUUGUACCUGCCUAGCGCCCCGGAUAUUGAAGAGCCCGAGGAGCAUUACGUCCCGGGCGUGGAUGGCUCGGGGCCGGAUCCCAGCCUAGAAAGCCCCGGCUCGAAACGGGGAGCCGGCAACGACGGCAAGGACACCAAUCAGAGCAAGAAAAAGCGAACCAAAACCACGGAAAUCAACCUGACCAACGCCCCCAAAGAUGAAGUGCAUCCUAUGAUGGCCAAGUCGGGCGGGGCCAAGGACAAGUCGGGUGCGGCUGGAAAACGUACCACGGGCAGGCCCAAAGCCAAGGAUAAGAAAUCGAAAUAAGUCCAAGAAUUGUCCACGUUGAAUUGUAGCUAGGCCACUGACUUUUAUAAAUCUCACUUCACCUCGUUA